UUGACCAAACACUCAAACUUCUCGCCAUAACAACGCUUUGUCACAUUUCGAUUAUUUUCAGUCGUUUUCUGUCAAAACAUUCAUAAACCCCGAUUCGAAAACCUAAUUUGACAAUGGCUGACGGAGAUUUAGAAGACAUUUUAGACGGAAAUGUAAAUUUUUUGGAAAUAAAGGGAAUCAUAGGAUUUGAUGGAACAACAAUUAAGGGAUUCGUUAUUCAUCCUGACGAAAAACAUGUAAUUUAUCCACUGGGCAACAAAGUGACCAUCCAGAACUGGAGCACCAAGGCGCAGGUGUUUCUUAGCGGACACACAAAUACUAUUUCGGCAAUUGAUGUCUCCAGGUCGGGGAAGUACAUUGCCAGCGGCCAAAUUAACCAUAUUGGAUUUAAGGCCCGCGUCAUCAUCUGGGACUUCCACACCCACUCCAUCAUCUCCCAGCACGAACUCCACAAAGUCCGCGUCGAAGCCGUCACCUUCUCCAGCAACGACAACUACCUCUUCUCCAUCGGCGGGCGCGACUGCGGCAACGUGGUCGUGUGGGACGUGGUGGAAAGCCACGUGGUGUGCGGUUCCGCCGCAGCGCACGGCAUCCAAGGCGAAGCCACCACCAUCCUCAGCAUGAACCGGCGUGGGGCCUGUUUCAUGACGGGCGGCGACAACCACCUGGCCGUCUGGACCGUGGACAAGGACGCCAGGAAGGUGCACCCCCUGGACGUCAGCAUGGGCAAGCUGAAGAGGAGCGUCCUGUGCAUGGACGUGAACGAGCGCGACGAGGUCUGCUACUGCGGCACGGCCACCGGGGACAUUUUGAAGAUCAGGCUGAAUUUCAACCACGACAUCGACAUUCUGAUGCCGGCGAAGCACCCGCUGACGGUGGGGUGCUUCACGAAGAUCAGUAGGAAGCGGCUGCCGCCGGGCAAGGUGGAGUUGUACAGUUUGGGGGUGAAGUCGAUCCGGAGGUUGUUCGCGGGGCCGCUGCUGAUUGGGGCGGGGGAUGGCACGGUGGAGCUGGUGGAGGAGACCAAGUAUGUGGGGGGGAAGGAGGAUCCGAGGGUGAAGAUGCCGUCGAUACCGACGCUGAGAGUCAUGAAAAGUACCUUCGUGUUUGGGGCGGUCACUUCGUUGCAGUUGAUGGAUAAAGAUAGAGUUAUUUUGGCGGGGACUGCACACAGCGAGAUCUAUUUCAUUGAUAUGAAGACCUUCGACACUGAGUUGCUUGUGACUUGUCACACUUCCACGAUUUAUGACAUCGCAUUUCCAUACGACUUCUCCGAAGUGUUUGCCACCGCCGGCCAAAACGAAGUCCGCGUCUGGUCUAUCAGAACCCUCCAAGAACUCCUCCGGAUCUACGUCCAGAACUUCAGCGCCUCGAGUGUCGUUUUCGCGCACGACGGAAAAUCAAUUCUGACAGCUUGGAACGACGGUAUCAUCAGGUCCUUCACGCCCUUAACCGGAAAACUGAUCUACGCUAUACUCAAUGCCCACAAUAAAGGAGUGUCGGCCCUUGCCACUAACCACUCGGGGAACCUUAUAGUUAGCGGAGGCUGCGAGGGUCAGGUACGCAUGUGGGCUAUUUCGCCCUACCGUCAGCAGCUCAUUUGUACCUUGAAAGAGCACAAAGCUCCGGUGUCUGCUGUCGAUAUUAAUAAAGCGGGUACUGAAGCGGUGAGCGCUAGUACCGACGGUACUUGCAUCAUCUGGGAUUUGGUGCGGCAGUGUCGCCGGCAUAUCAUGUUUGGUACGACUCUCUUCAUGUGUGCUCGGUAUUUCCCUACCGAUGUGCAGAUUCUAACGGGUGGUUCCGACCGGAAGCUGUCCUACUGGGAGGUUCUAGAUGGUACUUUGGUUCGUGAAGUGGAAGGUUCAUCAUCGGGGGCGAUCAACGCGCUUGAUAUUUCCGAAGAUGGGAAAGUGUUUGUGACGGGAGGCAAUGACCAAAUUGUCAAAUUGUGGGACUACCAGCUAGGAAUCACUACACACAUCGGGGAAGGACACUCAGCGGUGAUUACAGCGGCACGGUUCAGUCCUGACCAAAAAAAUAUCGUCACGACGAGUGGGUCGGGGAGUAUUUUCAUCUGGAAGUGCCCGGAGGACAUGGUUAAGGAGACGAAGGAUGAAGAACCACCAGCUGAAGCGCCGGAAAAAGGUGUGAGUAAAGAAGAGACGAUUCAGGAUUUGCCCACAGAGAGGAGUGAGAAGAGUGUUAAGCAAAAGGCGGUGUGUACGUGUCCUUGUACGAAGAGAGUGGCGAGAGUUUGUGGCAACGUGGUUGAAAAGCCUGAAGUACCGGUGGGUGGGGUUGGAGAUGGGGACAACGUGAAGAGUCCUGAAGUUAAAGCAAGCCCGAAAAGUGAGACACAUGAUGCUGCGAAGUGUGCUAGUAAUGGUACUCCUAAGGGUACUAAUAAUAAUAGUCCUAAGGGUGUUAAUAAUGGUACUCCUAAAAGUACUAGCGGCAAUGGAAACAAAACUCCGUCAGUGAAAGGAUCGGGAAAGAAAACUUGAUUC